CGGGGACACCGCCGGGGCUGCCCUCCGCCCGGGCCUCAGUUUCCCCAGCCACUCUGCAAGACGACCUGGGGCGGCUGCAUGGAGUAGGCCGGGGCCCCGAUGCCCCCAACUCGGCCCCUUGGGACGGUUGGUUGGCAUCGGUGGCUGCGGUUUCUUUGCGCAACCCAGCAGCCUGACUUUCCUGCUGCCUGGCAUCAGGGAGAGGGCGCACUGAGGGGCCCUUAGGGAGGCGGGCAGGCAUUCCCUUUAGGGUGCUUGCUAGCUGUUAGUGGGUCGGGGGCAUGGUGAGGGCUGGGGAACUCUGUUUCCUCCCCGGUCCAGGAUAGGUCUCUGGCUCUGGGGUACCCAGAGGUGCCCUCAUGCAGACCUGCCACACUGUCAGCCAGGCGGGAUUGGAGCGGCCCCCACCAUGGGCUGGGGAGCAGGAGGGAGCUGCACCCCGCGCCCACCCAUCCGCCAACAGCCCUUGUCAGAGCCCCGUGUGAUCACCGUGGUCUUCCUCGGCCUCCUGCUGGACCUCCUGGCCUUCACUCUGCUGUUGCCUCUGCUGCCAGGGCUGCUGGAGAGCCAUGGCCGUGCCCACGAUCCCCUCUAUGGCUCCUGGCAACAAGGCGUGGACUGGUUUGCCGCAGCCAUCAGGAUGCCAGCGGAGAAGAGGUACAACAGUGUCCUGUUUGGAGGUCUGAUAGGCUCAGUCUUCUCCUUCCUGCAGUUCCUCUUGGCACCAGUCACGGGGGCUGUCUCAGACUGUCUCGGGAGGCGCCCGGUGAUGCUGCUGUCCCUGGCAGGUCUGGCCACCUCGUAUGCCGUGUGGGCGGCCUCAAAGAGCUUCGCCGCCUUCCUGGCCUCCAGGGUGAUUGGGGGCAUCAGCAAGGGAAACGUCAGCCUCUCCACAGCCAUCGUAGCCGACCUGGGCUCACCUUCCGCCCGCAGCCGAGGCAUGGCAGUCAUUGGAGUGGCCUUCUCGCUGGCCUUCACGCUGGGCCCCAUGCUCGGCGCCUUCCUGCCAGCGGAGAUGGUACCCUGGCUGGCUUUGCUCUUUGCUGCCUCCGACCUGUUGUUUAUUUUCUGCUUCCUGCCGGAGACGCUGCCUGCGGAGAAGCGGGCAUCCUCUAUCGGCCCGGGGUUCCAGGCUGCGGCAGACCUGCUCAGCCCCGUGGCCCUGCUCCGUUUCUCGGCCGUGGCCCGUGGCCAGGACCCACCCGCUGGAGACGGGAUCCGUCACCUUCGCCGCCUGGGUCUGGUGUACUUCCUCUACCUCUUCCUGUUCUCGGGUCUCGAGUUCACCCUGAGCUUCCUCGCCCAUCAGCGCUUCCAGUUCAGCAGCCUGCAGCAAGGAAAGAUGUUUUUCUUCAUCGGCCUCACCAUGGCCACCGUGCAGGGCGCCUACGCCCGGAAGAUCAGCCCUGGCAGCGAGGUUGCAGCGGUGAAGCGGGCCAUCUUGCUGCUGGUGCCUGCCUUCCUCCUCAUUGGCUGGGGGCUCACGCUGCCCGCGUUGGGCCUGGGGCUGCUGCUCUACUCCUUCGCCGCUGCCGUCGUGGUGCCCUGCUUGUCCUCCGUGGUCGCUGACUAUGGUAAGGAGCCUUUCUUUGCCCGAGGCCCCCCAGGUGGGAGGAGACCAGCAAGCCCCCCCCGGCCUCCCCCCCCCCCCCCCAAAGGCUUGCCCAGGCAGAAGGGCACGAUCAUGGGCACACUUCGGAGCCUGGGCGCCCUGGCCAGGGCAGUGGGACCCAUGGUGGCUGCCUCAGUGUACUGGCUGGCCGGGGCCAGGGUCUGCUUCACGGUGUGCUCAGGCCUCUUCCUGCUCCCUUUCCUGCUCCUGCGCAACCUGAGGCCUCCAGCCCGCAUGGCACCCAAGGCCGAGUAGUGGAGCUAGCCCUGCCUCAAGCUGGGGAAGGGGGGGGCAGGGAGGGAACGGGACCUCUCCCCUCCCCCUGGGGCCCAGCCCUGGCCCCUGCCAGACACUCCAGCAGCUCCGUGGUA